CAGUCUUCUAUUGCUGUGAAGAGAUACCAUGACCAUGGCAAUUCUUUUAAAGGAAAACAUUUAAUUAGGGUUUGCUUAAGGUUUUAGAGGUCCAUUAUCAGAAUGGUGGGAAGCAUAGUAGCAUAUAGACAGACAUGAUGCUGGAGGAGCUGAGAGUUCUCUAUCCAGAUCCCCAGGCAGCAGGAAGAGAGAGCCACUGGGCCCAGCUUAGGCUUUUGAAAACUCAAAGCCCACAUCCAGUGACACACUUCCUCCAACAAGGCCACACCUUCUAUUCCCUGUCUAGUAGUGCCCCUCCCUAACAACCAAGCACCAAGCAAACACACACACACACACACACACUUCCACAUAUAUGGAAUAGCUUUCUCUGCUAUUUUAAAAUCUGUACUAAAUGAUGCCAGGACUUUCCUAAUUUGAUUUCUCACUAUUUUAAUAUUUUACCUGGCACUGCAUUUUUUCAUAUGCUGUAUUUUUCUUUCAUGGAUUAGGUAUGUUCUGAUUCAUUCUGGUUUUGAUCGUUAUAUCCUAUUCAAUUUGUGACCUAUUCAGUUGUCCGUAUCAGACUGUUAAGUAUGAGUCUCAUUCCCUAUUUCAGUCCAUUUUGCACUUACUCUCCAUUUCAUCUCAUUCUACUUUCUAUUUCAGACCCACUUGCCAUUCCCCCUUAUUUAACACACCAAAUACCAGUCUAGUCUAUUUUUAUAUUCCAGUCCAGUUGCUCAUCCAUUCUGUUAAGUGUCCCAUUUGCUUCUGCUAAAAUUAUAAAUGUGCACAGGCUUAUACCAAGAAUGUCUUCCUCUGAGAAGUAAUCCACAAUAAAGACACAUUUGACUGGGCAAUCUUUAAUGAGCACACUAAUGUGUGUCUCACAUUGAUGUGAAAAAAUAGAAAGAGCAUAACUAUUGGUCAGUACAAGAAUGUUUGAAAACAUAUGUUUCCUCCCCAAAAGGAGGGUGUUUUAGUUGCAAAACGGUUUUGUGGGUACUUUGUUGUUUUGAGAUAGGGUCUCAGCUUGCAGCCCAGGGUGACCUUCGGAUUGAAAUCCUGCUCUCACCCUUCCCUAGUGCCACAAUCACAGGUGUGAGAUACCACACCUGUCUCCUUCUCAGUAUGUAUUCAUUGACAUGAAAAAAUGGAUUUUCUGGACCCCUCCAAACAAGUUACAAAAUAGUACUUCUGCUUGAAUCAUUCUAUUUUCCUAAAACUAGGAAACAUGGAUGGAUGGCCAUUUUAUGAAGAUAUAAUUUAACUUUCCCAGUAUUUGACUGUAGGCAUGAGAAAAUUUAGUUGCAGGGUUUUUUUUUUGUUAUUUUUUAUUUUGUUUUUUUUCAAGACAGGGUUCCUUUGUAUAACCCUGGCUGCCCUGGAACUAGCUCUGUAGACCAGGCUGGCCUUGAACUCACAGAGAUCUGCCUGCCUCUGCCUCCUGAGUGUUAGGAUUAAAGGCUUUCGCCUGGUUGCUGAUUUUGGUGGAUUUGCUUUUCUGUUUGAGGAUACCCAAAACAACAGCACCCCCCUUUUUUUAAUAAUUAAAAAUGUGUGUAAGUAUUAAAUUUAAAAGGUCUGUGCCGACAGUAAAGUAGAAAAAAAAAACACAGAAGAUGAGCCCGAGUCAAUUAAUUCAUCAGCUGAAUCUUAAGCAGCCUGGCCUGUGUUUCAGGGCAAGACUGGGGGGAAAGUGGCGUACUGGAAAAUUGUAAAGCCAGUCUGGUGUUUGGGACCUGACAUACCUUGCUGAACAUUUCAAAUCCAAGACAAUGUGGACCUCAUGAUCCCCCUUGAAAUCCUUAGGCCCCUGAGCCAACUUAAAACCCUAGCCAGGUCACCUGGUGCCUUAAAGGAAAGCAGUAGAGUCACGCGUGGCCCAGGAGAUAGAGCUUAUCGGUCAGUGUGUAGUAAAUUGUUAAAGUGAUCCCAAGACCGACUCACAAGUGAUGAGCACACUCGUUUGAGGUGUUGCACAUAAUUCAUGUCGAUGUUCCCACCCCAAGCAUUCUCAGGCUAGGGCGGAGGGCUUGUGAAAUUUCGACUUUUGACUUCCUGAAAGCGUGGUUGGGGGAAGUGGGGCUAAGAGCACACCAGAAACCACUAGAAGCUACCCUGACCUCCCAGUGUCCUAGUCGGGGCCAGGUGAAGGGCGGUUCAGCCCAAGUAAAAUUUGCAUUAUUUGCAGCCGGCCAAUCCGAGGCUAGAAUUGAGCUAGCUCCACCCACUGGCCUCCUCUCUCAGCUCUAACUCUACCUAGUUUCCUAGCUAGCUGAGCAGCAGCCUUCUUUCUGAUUGAGUGGGGCAGGAGGCUUGAAGCCCUUUGCCGUGGCCAGAAGCUGGUAAGCCCAUCGAUUUGGCCACCUCUAGUCACCCUCAGCGAAAGAGCGGAGGCACCACUUGGCCUACGUGUCAGGGUAGCCGAGGCCACCCAGGAACACCUGGGAGUCCUGCAGCAAAGAGCCUGUUGCCUCAGGGCCUGCGCUGGUGACUCAGUGACGGACAACACUCUCUUCAGCCUCGCUGCCGUCUUCAGCCUCGCUGCCGAAAUGUCGACUGGUAGGAAUCCGGGGACACCUCGUGGGCCUGAGAAUCAGCGCGGCAACCUCCAGGGUGCCUGCGACCCUGACAGUCCAAGGAUAGAAGUUGGACCUUCCAGGCCCAGGACCAGGAGCCAAGGAAGGCUGGACCCGUCCUCGGAAGGAGCCGCCACCUCCAGCAGGAACCAGCGGCAGAGCAGUCGGGGUGAGCCGUCCCGGGGUGAGCAGUCCAGCCGAGAUCUACCUACAGGCGACAUUGGAGGCAGGGUUCUCCGCUCACAUGCCACUGCAUCUGGUCAUCGCAGCGGUGCCUUGGAGGUUAACCCUGAAGUUUGCCUCGCCGACCAGCCGAGAGGCCGGAGUUUACGCCGUCGGGCCACUUCACCGGAUUCUGCUGUUGACAGCACUGCCAUGGAGAACGUUCCUGAUACCAGGAGCACCCCUGCGACACCACACAGAGGCCGCAGCGCGUCCAGGUCCAGCCGCGGCGCGUCCGGGUCCAGCCGUGGUGCGUCCGGAUCCAGCCGUGGUGCGUCCGGGUCCAGCCGUGGUGCGUCCGGGUCCAGCGGCGUCCAGACACAGGCACGAGCAAACCCUUCCACCUCUGGGAAUGUAUUUCUGAAGAGAACCCUCCCGGCGACCUCGAGCUCUCCUUUUAGGCGCCCAGUCCGUAUGCGGGCCUCUUCCCCUUCCCCUCCUCGUACGCCAUAUCCUCCCUGUAGUCAGCAUAAUGAAAGUUCCGACUCUUCCUCCUCCUCCUUAUUGUCUCUUGAUUCAUCCAGUGAUUCGAGUGCCCCCUCUUCCCCAAGCAAGUAGGUCACUUGACCGAAACGCCUGCUCCUGUCCAUUUAUUACCAUGAGCUCUACCUCUGUGCCUAGCCACGGUACCCUUGGAUGUGCCUUGAUCCCUGACCUGGAUAACCUGGAUUCUUCCACUUUUGGGGAGUUACAGGAAAAAGCAAAGGAUCCCCUUCACUCUCUCUCCAUAGGAGGAAGUAGGGCAUGCCCCUCAUUCCCCUACUCCACUGGUGCUGUGACUCUUGUUGAGUGUCUUCCCAGACUCACAAAAGGAAUCCGCACCUGGCCACUGUUUUCUGUGUGAGGUUUCUAGGAUGUCUCCCUAUUCACCAUUAUCCAGAGCAGUUUUGAAGCCCCCUGGGCCCGGCUAACCAGCACUUAAUAAGCCACUUCAUUCAAUUCCAUGCUUCCCUAGCCCGGUUUUUGUUGUUGUUGGGGUUUCUUUCUUUUUUUUGCUUCUCAGAGUUUUGCC